UCUGUGACAUUCGGUAUUUGUAAACAUUUAAUUCCGUGAAAGUGUCCGUGAUUGCGGCUUUGUUUUGUUGCUUCGUGUCAUAUUUUCAAUAAUAAUAUAAUUAUCGCUCAUUUCCAGUUAAUCCGUGGGUUCUAGCAAUCGUCAGCGUUGCGAUGGAGCCACCUAACGUUGAAACAAACCUGCUGCCCCGAUUACCCACGGAAAUUUUGGUGAUGAUUUUCCAACAUUUACCAAUGUCCGACUUGGCCAAGGUGCGCAUUACUUGCCACCACUGGUAUGACACUGUUUGCCAUACUUCUUCACUAAUGGAAAGAUUUAUGCUAUCGUUCAAAAACUGCCGUCUCUAUGAAGGCUGUGAACAGACACGAGUGCUAUCGAAAACUAAGAGCAGCUAUUCCAAGGUUACACUGAAGGCAGUAUCUAUCGAAGAUGCGGAUACCUUAUGGCGAUCACUAGGCCGACAUUUGCAAGACCUCACCCUGAACGAUUGCUCUCUCUCGGGGGACACAAUGGUCCAGAUGCUACGGCUCACGCCACACCUUAAAUACUUUGCCCUGAAAACAACCAAGUUCGAGGAGUUUCGGCUUCAAAAUGUCACCGUAGACUUCCGAUUAACGAAACUAGAAACACUCACCCUUCGGUCCAUCUUCGUUUACGAUGAAUGCUUCGAUAUGUUUAUGAAAAUAUGUCCACGGUUGAAAGUUUUGAAAUUGAAUUACUCUUCGUUUGAAGGAUGGGGCGAAAAGCUUGUCCAGUUUGUUCAAACGGUACGAAGUUCAUUAGAGGGAAUCAACUUAAGCUAUACCAAAGUUGGUGCAACACUACUACACAAAAUUUCAACAAUCGAACGAUUGAGGUUGAAGAAAAUUUCUCUUAAGUCAAGUUAUGAUCUGAAACAGAGGGACAUCAUUCAACUUAGCAGAGUUCAACCCUCGAUAGUGCACCUAAAUAUCGAUAACCUGUUUCCGGCCGAUGAUCAAAUACUCAGUGAAAUAAGUCGAAACCUUCCGAACAUGAAACGAAUCAAAUUGCACAUUUGUAGGGUGCAUAAUCUACAGCAGUCGUUUUUAUGCAACAUGCAACGCUUGGAGUAUCUGAAGAUAACAGACGCCACACACGUGGCAGGUAAUCUGGAUCUUAGUGCGUACGAAAACGUUCACCUGGAAAAGCUCUAUGUUUCGGCUGCAACGUUCUCACGAAACACCUUGCCACGAUUUUUCGAAAAGACACCCAACAUUCGAAGCUUAACGCUGUAUCAAUGUUCGUACGAAAACAUCCACGAUUUGCAGCUGUCGUUUGCUUUUCUGAAAGCACUGGAAUACUUGAACCUUCAGCGCACGUUCGAUAUCGACGACAGUUUCUUCAGUAGAAGUGUGUUCGAUAGCGUAAACAUGCCGUUCGAGCGUAUACGAUUUUAUCCAGUGACUAAUCUGACCAAGCUGUGCUAUUUAAAUUUGAGCCGCUGCAGGGAUCUCUCAGAUGAAACACUGGUAGCGUUGAGUUUUCCACGAUUGAAAAAAAUCGACCUCCGCGGUCUGAACAUCACUGCCUUCGGAAUCAGAGCGCUGGUUCGGCAAUGUCCUCGGUUAGAGUAUGUCCAUGUGGAUGCUUGCAAACGAGUAUGUGACAAUGCGGUGCUGUUGCUGUGCCGUGACUUGAAGCGACUCAAACUGCUCAAUCUAGAUGGAUGUCGAUCGAUAACGGAUGCCUCGGUAGAUCACGUGGCGAAUUACGGACGAACGCUGGCGUGGCUAAAUAUGAUGAACUGUCCGCUGUUAAGCGAGGAUGCUAAGCAUCGAUUGGAAAACAUGAGAAGCAUACGAUCGCUGUAUGUUUAGUAAUAAUGUGAUGAGAAAUAGAAUGCUGGUGUUGGUGGAGGGUAAUUAUUUAUUGUAGAUCCGAAGUCUCGUAAAACUGAGCACAAUAAAUUUGCAUCCAGUAGCAAAUCUCUACCCGUGUGAUUCGAAGCGGACUUAUUUACAACUCAAACAUUUUCACGAACGGUUUGAUUACGGAAAUUGAGACAAUUUUAAAUCGUAAUUUUAGAUUGAUUGUGUGUUCCGGUUAGUCUACACAAUUUCCGUGUACAGCAAAAAGUGAAUCCGGACGUGAAAGAAUCAAUUACGCAUUACAUGUUGUAGAGAAUGUAGCAUAAACUUGCAUAUCGAAAUAUAUAUAUAUUUUAAAUUAAUCUUGUUUCAACGUAUGAAUUCAAUCAAUGUAGAGAGCAUCUUCUAUUCGUAGUUUGGUUAUAAGAUGAACUCCAUACAAAUGA